AGCUGGGAGACCUUUAACGCACAGGUGGGAGAAGCUCGUGCCAUAGGACGGCCCCCUCUUUCAGUUCCUCGGCGGAGGAGGUGUGCGGCUGACAUUUGUUGUUGCCGUUUGGGACAGGAGACAAAACGUUUCUGCAAACAGGUGUGAGAGGCACACUAACCCGCGCUCAACGCAGAUAUUCCUCUUUAUUAUUAGGGAGGGGGAAAGCGACACCGCGCCGUUCCUCCUUUUUCUGCCAAAAAGAGGAAUCGGCUGUAACGGCGAGCUUUUUUUUUUUUUUUUUUCUUUACUUUCUGCGGUGUUAAUUGGGAUAAUUUCAGGAAAUAUCCGGCCGGUUAUUAAACGGCAGGUCAGCAGAAAAGCCAUGUCAAGUAAGAGAUCAUGCUCGGAUCUGACGAGGAGAAGCCGGAGCCCCGUCGCCUCGGAGGCUGAGAUGAUGUUCAGCCAAUUUCAGGACUGGUGCCUCCGCACUUACGGGGACUCCGGUAAAACAAAGACGGUCACCCGGCGAAAAUACAACAAGAUCCUGCAGACGCUGCUGCAGGGCGACGAGGCGGACGGCGUCUACGCGGAGAACAGCCACAUCAACGCCAAAUUCAAAUUCUGGGUGAAAUCAAAAGGCUUUCAGCUCGGGGGCGUCCAAGGCGACUACAAGAAAGGGGCAUCCGGAAAACCUGUCCUUUACGUCCCCAUCAAGGCAGCGUGCGUUGAUGGGGUCUCUGCACCGGACAGUGCGGCCCUGAAACGUGUGGCUGUGGUGGAGGACUUCUUCGACAUCAUCUACGCCAUGCAUGUAGAGGUGGGCGCGGACCCUGCCAAGGCGCCCAAGCACGCCGGCCAGAAGAAGACGUACAAGGCGAUCGCCGAGACAUACGCUUUCCUGCCCAGGGAGGCGGUGACCCGCUUCCUGAUGAGCUGUGGCGAAUGCCAGAAGAGGAUGCACAUCAAUCCGAGUGGCGCCGAAUUCAAAGAGAACGACCGGCCCACAUCGCUCGUCCCCGAUCUGAUCGACUACAACAUGCCGCUUACCACGGCCUACCUGAAGCAGAUGAAGAUGGGGUGCAUGAACGCCAAUGAGCAGGAUGAGAGUUCGGUGAGCAGUGAAGAUUUUGACAUGAGCGACCCCACAUGGCUGUCAGCUGAUCAGUGCCCCACGUCCGACCUGAGUCCCGGCCACCUCGAUAGAAUGCACAGCCCGCUGAACGCGCACAAGGAGGAGGAUGAUGAUUCGUCUUCGGAGAGCGGCAGUGGGAAUGGCAUGCUCAGUCUGACUCCCCCAUCUGCGGGCGCGGCACCCUCGUCCCAGAACCCUAGUGCGGGCCCGUACAGCGAGGUGAACGGCACCGGCGCCGGCUGCCCCCUGGAUUUCAGCAUCACAUCCUCUUCCUCCUCCUGUGAUGACCGGCAGCCCGCAGGGGCCUCACUGGGCCCCUUCCAGCCCGACCCCCCUGACGGCCUGCGCAGGAAGUACCCCAGCAAGCCCGCGCACCUGGACGGCCACGUCAGGGAUUACAACAACAAGUCUCCACCCUACGGCUCAAGGAGCUACGACUCUGUGAAGACGGAGCCCGGAGCAGAGGAUCUGACAGUGAGCCGGGUCCAGGCCGGAGAUGACGACGACGACGACCACGACGACCAUGACGACAGCGACAAGAUCAACGACACCGAGGGGGUGGACCCGGAGAGACUGAAAGCCUUCAAUAUGUUUGUAAGGCUCUUCGUGGAUGAGAACCUCGACCGCAUGGUGCCCAUCUCCAAGCAGCCCAAGGAGAAGAUCCAGGCCAUCAUCGAGUCGUGCAGCCGUCAGUUCCCCGAAUUCCAGGAGCGAGCCCGCAAGCGUAUACGCACCUACCUCAAGUCCUGCAGACGGAUGAAGAAGAACGGCAUGGAGACGCGGCCGACGCCCCCGCACCUCACGUCCGCCAUGGCCGAGAACAUCCUGGCGGCUGCCUGUGAGAGCGAGACGCGCAAGGCGGCCAAGAGGCUGCGUCUGGACACAUACCAGGCGGCGGAAGAACAGAUUGCACUAGACAAGCCGGGCACACGGGAGCUGGCCCCCCUGACACACCCGGCGUACUCCCUGGCCGCCUCAACCUACCCCCAGGACCAACUCUACAUCAACGGCGGGCUCAGCUACAGUUACCGUGGUUACGGGGGCCUGGGCGCCAGUAUGCAACACCCCGUCUCCCUGACAACCGGUGCAGCACAGAGCAACGGGCCGACUGACCUCAGCAUGAAGUCUCUGGCUUCUAACUCCUCAUCCUCCAGCUCCAACAGCCAUGGACGGGGUGGGGGGGGCAGUGUGAGCCACUCAUCGCAGCUGAGCCCCACCGAGAUCACGGCAGUGCGGCAGCUCAUCGCCGGUUACCGCGAGUCAGCUGCAUUCCUGCUGCGCUCAGCCGACGAGCUGGAGAGCCUGAUCCUGCAGCAGAACUGAGCCCCCCCCCCCCUGCCCAAGCCGCCCCCCCUCCUGCUGUACACCCUCACGUCCCACCACUUCCUCACCAUCCUCAUCCUCAGCUCCUCCUCCUUCAGCGACAAUUUUGGGGCGGAAAACUGCAUCGCUCCACCAUCACUGUAAAAAAAAAAAAGGGGGGGGGGGGAGAGAAGUUCGGCAGAAGCUGAGAAUCUACCAAGUGGUGUGUUUGUUGCACAGCUGGAAGCAGGAGAGUGCUGGCAGUCUGGGCCGGACUGGGCCACAUCACUCCUUUAUGGUGUCACGGUACUGCACUGACCCAGAGCACCCAGCGCUGGUCUCAUCAAACAGCUGCUUGAGGAACAGACUGUACUUUUCUACUAAACUCAUUCCUUAAUGACAAUUAUUUUGUGUUAAUUUAAUGUUUCUGUUUUGAGGGCCAUUGAAUAUUUUUGUGUCUGUUAAGCUACUGAAAAAAGUUGUGACUUACCGGAUGGCACUAACCCUACGGAAACACUUUGAGCAGCGUUUGGGGGGGGGGCCCGAGAAAGGGAAAGGGACAGGGAAUAAAAGUGGACUUUGCUCACUGUAAAUACGCUCUCUGUGUUCUGAAGCACUUUGCCCCCCAGCCCAAUCGACUCUGCCCUUGGGAGAAACACUCCGUUUAUGCAUACUGUAUGGAAACACCCUGCUUGUUUUAUUUUUAUUUUUUUCCUCUUACGUGGAAAUACCUCAGAUGUACAUAGCGUCCCUCUGCCCCCACCCCAUCCCUACCGAGUCUAAACCAACGACCUGCGUGUCACCAGCUUUCUGAGAAAAGAAGCACGCUGGAAAAUAAACACGGCUUCUGCAGCUUCACAGUAA